AUGAGGACUACUGUACGAGCAGCGAUUGCCAUUGUGGUGGUUUUCACCGUGUUACUGGUCAAGAGCCAUCUCGAUUCCAUACCGGAAUGGCGGCCUGCGGGUCGGAAACAAGCUUCGGCUAGGGAUCACUAUGUCCUCGAUGAAUCUGACGCUUAUAUCGAGCUGGUCUCGGCGGAUACUACGACAGCGCCUACACACAAUCCGACUCGGCAUAAAUGGACGCCUACCGGUCGACCUACACCUCCCGUGGUGCCAGAUAGGGUCGCCACGAAACAAAUUCCCGUGCGGGUUCCUGGCGCGGAAUGGGCUGGCCAGGAUCCCUUUUUGAGAAAUUGGAAAUCCAAGUCGAAGCCGAAGAAAUUGACAGAUUCGCAAAAGUCGCACGUUCAAAACCUCGGUCCUCUGGAGCAUGGCAAUGUGCAGAAGUUAGCGCCCUCGUCGAGUGCGCCGCCCAAGCCCAAGAUUACCCCCAAAACGGAUCGCGUAGUUGUCAUGGGGAAGAUGUCGUAUGAGGAUACCGAUUGGUUGGAGGAGCAGUUGCCAGAAUGGCAACACGCUCUCUAUAUCGUCGAUGACCCAGAGGCAGACCGUACUGUCAAGUUCAACAAAGGCAAAGAAAGUAACGUCUAUCUCCAAUACAUCCUCGACAAUUACGACAAAUUUCCCGAGUACAUGGUCUUCCUACACGCCCAUCAAUAUAGCUCCCAUACCGAAUUCUGGGAACAGGACAAUGCCAUCACCGUGCAAAGACUCCAGCUUGACUAUCUCAAAAAUGUCGGAUAUCUCAAUCUUCGCUGCGACUGGAGUCCAGGAUGUCCCGAUGAGGUCAAACCAUUCCGGCAAAUGGCUGGCCGCACCACCGAAUUGGCAUUUGCCGGUGCUUGGCUUCGUAUUUUCAACAACACCGAUGUGCCUGAGGUUGUGGCUACGCCUUGCUGUGCCCAAUUUGCUGUUUCAAAACAGCAGGUUCUUCAGCGGCCUCGCAGUGACUAUGAGCAUUAUCAUCAUUGGCUGAUGACGACCGAGUUGGAUGACGAGACUAGUGGUCGUGUCUUUGAGUAUUUGUGGCACAUUAUCUUCGGGCAGGAUCCCGUGUUUUGCCCUUCAAAAGCACAGUGUUACCGAAAUGUCUAUGAUAUGGAGUUCGACGGACCGAAUACACAACCCGUAAACUCCUUUGAUGACCCUUUUGAUGAUCUUUGGGGUAAUUGGGACGAUGAAGAGUUCCCUGGAAACGAUCCUUGGAUGUGA